CGAUCCACGCUGAACUAUUCGAUGUUACAUUGCUCCAAAUGCCUUGCCAACGAGGACUGCUGAUAGACCAGCUUAUGCAUGCGCGUAUAGCAGGCCCUCCGCCACACCUGCUUCAACCCCAAUGUAGUCAGCAAUGCGCUUCCUUCUAUGUGGAAGCUCAUCAUCUGGGAAUGCGGUGAAGUAGUAAUGCAUCUCCCAUAUGGCAAGGCAUUCAGGCUAUGCCUCGGCAAUGACAUCGAUGUUCGUGAUUGGGAUGAAGCCAGGCACGCUCAGAGGAUGAAUUCCCCUUUGAUUGUAAAGCGCGACAUACGGUGUUGGAAUACCCGUGCCAAGGGUACUGUUGAACUCCGUAAAUGCAAGGCUAUGUGUGUGUAGAACUAUGGUGCCUAUGUCACUUAGAGAGUGUGAAAGUUCACCCCCUUGUAGUUGCGCAAGACCUCGUUCGAGUGGUUGCAGAUGCUGCUCAUCUCCGGCAUUGGUUUCAAUUCAUCUGAGCUGACAGUGUAUUGAGGACCACUGUUGCAUCUUGCCCUUCGAUAUCUGCAUUCAUUUCGCGAAUGCGCAGAUGCUGAAUGCGCAGAUAAUAUUGAAAGACAUCAUUCCUCUGUGCUUGAGUUGGCUUGAUGAUGCCUGCUCGGCGAUCUUUGGUGCAAGCCAAUACAGAUGUCACAUAUGCUCG